CGUCUAGGAGGUCGGUUUUGAACUUUCAAUUCUCAAUUGCUGCCCCCCAGGGGAAUUGACAGCUCGCUUCCCCUCGCAUGCGCGACCCGGACGCGGAGCGCGACGAGCGACAACCAUGGCAAAGAGGAGCAAGAAGCCGCCAGCGCGGGUGUACCACGAUGGCCUGAUCCCGACCAAUGGCGACCCGAGUAUGCAGAGCUAUCCUGAAGUCGUACCCGACGACCACGACACGAGCAAGCACGAGAAGAGCUACCCGGAGGUCGCGCCCACGCAGCCAGAGCCCGCCCCGUUGACUCCUCCCACCACAGGGACCACACAGGUCUCAACCUCGGCCCUCUCGCCGCUAUCGGCGCCCCCGCUCGUGCCGCCGCUGCCGCUACCGCGCAGGUCCGGCGUCCACUCGCUCCGCGAAGCGUGGAGCGAGGUCGACGAGCCCGAAGGCUCGCUCCCGCCCGAGGACCGCGUACCGCUGUGGAAGAGGCCGAUCUUUUGGGUGAUCGUGAUCGCGUUGGCAAUCAUUAUCGUGCUGGCGGGGAUUCUGGGAGGCGUCGCGUCCGGGUCGAUCAGAACGGCGUUGGGUGAUCCAAGCACCUCCGCACAAGCCAUUCCACCCGUGCCCGACCCGACUUGUCCCGGCUCCAACAACCUCAACUACACAUCCGCGCAGAAAGUCUUCCGCAUCCAAUGCAACGCGGAGUACCCCAACGGGGAUGGCACUCUCGGGUUGCAGAACGCGAGCACGAUCGAUAGCCUCGCCGGCUGCCUGGACGCGUGCGCGAAAGAGGCGGAGUGCGUGGGCGCCGUCUUUCGGCCGGGGACCUCGGCGCAGUGUUGGCUGAAGCAGUACCUCGGGGUUGUCAAGACGGGGCAGGAGGGGGCGCAAAGCGGGGUUCUGUGGCAAUAACUAACCAUGCACUCUUGGUGGCCCUGUGUAUAUUGCGCUUCUCUGGCGACCGGUUAUGUUGUAUUGACGUUCAACAUUACGCUUGACGUGGGAUUGUUUGUUCCAUUUC